AUGGCUAGCGAAGUCACCACCGAUUCAAUGGAAGAUAUUAAAGAUAAUGAAGGAAAUUGGCCUACUGUUCAAGGCACUAUUUUGGCUGGUCAAAAGCGUGCCCGUGAUGAGCGAGGUGGACCAGUAAUGAAGAAAGCUCAUAUCUCAGAUUCAGAAGACAACAUGGUGCAAGUGAAAGUUUUAAUUCCAUCUGCUGCCGUUGGCGCUUUAAUUGGUAAAGGUGGUGAAACAAUGCGGAAUCUAAAAAGUGAAUCAGGUUGUCGCUUGCAGAUGAGUAAGAAUCAAGAAGUAUAUCCAGGAACAAAUGAACGAAUCUGCUUAGUGAAAGGAAAAAUAGCAUCUGUUCUAAAAGUUUCGAAUGUCAUUUUAGAAAAAAUUCGUGAAAAAGUGGACAAUAAUACGCCAUCCGAUAUUUUUGAUCAUAAAGGAAUGGAGCGCAAAAAUGAGAUGAAACUUGUUGUGCCAAAUACUUCGGCUGGCAUGGUAAUCGGUAAGAGUGGUGCACGGAUCAAAGAAAUCCGUGAGCAAACAGGGGCAAACAUCCAAGUUUAUCCUAAAGCUGGUAGCCAGGAGGCUAAAGUAAGUCAAGAACGAAUCAUUACGAUAGCUGCGGAGCAAGAUGAAAUUCUUAUGGAUGCGCUGCAGCGUGUCUUGGAAAAAGUGGCCGCAGAUCCACAGCAUGCUAUAAGUACUACAAUACCAGAACAUAAAGAUGACAACUUUGGUGCAGCAGGUGCUUUGUUGCAUGGAAUAGGUGGUGGUAUUCAAAGCCAGGCAAUCCAACCUUUUGAGUUCAGCAGUCGUAGCCAGAAUGUAUCCCAGUUUGGUGGUGCUCCAACAGUACAGCAAAACCAUUUUGGACAGAUGAAUCAUGGCGCUGCACAAGUUUGGCAGCCAAACCAACAAAGAGCUUUAGAAGCAACUUAUGCGACAACCACAAAAGAUAUUUAUCAACAGAACAAUGCAACUGGUUUCAAAUUCAACCCUAUGCAAGGCUUAGGAAAUAAUGAGCUCUUAGCAUUUUUGGAUAGCUUACAGUCCACUUUACGCACUUCGGGGUUUAAUGAAACAAGUGUUGCAGAAGUUAUGCAGGCUAUGCAGAUUUUGGCUAAAUAUAAUAUCAUGGGCUUGGGGCUUGGUCUUGGCGUUGCUGCUAUGGCACAAAUGAGGACAAAUGAAGCUCCCAGUAUGACAAGCUCACAAGGAUUGUCUCAAUCUCAACGUUUUGAAACAUCUAAUUUAUCCAGUUCAGGUGGGGCAAUCGAGAGCUCUGACAGACGGUUUCCUACUGGAUCUGGAGGAUCUAUAACAACUGGGGCAGGAGCUGGAGGAGGACAAAGCGAUUUAAACAAAUCGCUCAGUGGCGUUGGUGGAGUGCUGAUCGAUGUGUUAAGCCAGAAUAAGCAAAACAAUUCCAGUGGUCAGAAUUUUGCAGCAUCCGUAAUUAAGGAAAAGAUCAUCGACAGCAAUCAUAUUGACCUGGAGAUACCGGACACUAUUGUUGGAGCGAUUCUUGGUCCAAGAGCUAAAACAUUAGCAGAAAUCCAGCACCUAAGUGGUUGCAAAGUUGAAGUACACAAACGUGGUACCGCAGCAGGGCAAGGCAAUCGUCUCGUAAGUCUAACUGGAGAUGUAGACUGUAUACGUAAUGGGCGUAUGAUGAUCGACAAGGUUAUUAAUGAUGAACAAUUACGUCGCAAUCAACAAGCUCAAAAUAGUGUGCGAGGUGGACUUCGUUAAUA